UUAUAUGCAACUGGGGCUGCAAUGGGAUCAAAUUUAAGUUCAAAUGAGAAUUUUACGGGCACCUCAGCACCAGCGGUGAGAACGAGACCAGUAUCUCCUUUCAACUUGCUCACUGUAAAAAUACUAAGAGUGAGGAAUGUCCGGAAGGCAGACUUACUCACCCUUUCAGAUUGUUACGUGACACUGUGGUUGCCUACUGCCUCAACUGAGAAGGUUCGGACCAGAACCAUCAGAAACAGCAAAAACCCCGUCUGGAAUGAAGCUUUCUGCUAUAAGAUUGACCGCCGAGUCAAGAAUGUGCUGGAGCUGAAGGUCUGUGAUGAAGACACAAUCACCAGGGAUGACGAACUCUGCACAGUUCUCUUUGACAUAGAUAAACUCACUGUAGGACGUACUGUUCGAGUGAAGUUCCAGCUGAAUCCACAGACACGUGAGGAACUGGAGGUGGAGUUCACAUUGCAGAACACGGUCCAGCAACAGCAUGAGCCACUACGAGUUGCUACAGGGACGGGGUCCCGCUGGACUAGGUGGCUUCGCUCACUCAAUAUCCCCCUCCCCUCUGACUUCUACUGAAGCCCACACCUGAUAUUGAGCGGCCACAAAGAGACUUCCGAUGAACUAAAAGAUGUCCCAAGUUGAGGAGGUGCAUCUCAAACAACUCUUAGAAGAAUGAAGGACCACUCUUACACAACCUUUCAUCUCAGCUCCCCGUCCCUUUUCUUUUUUUUCAAAUGUGAAAGACAAUGUUUAAAACAAAGCCCACUUAACACAAAUAAAUGUAAAUAGGUGUACAAAAAGUUGUAUAAAAGUUAAAUAUUAAUUAUUGAAAUAUGGCAAAAGCAUGAUUUUUAGAAAAUAAAAGUCUUUUUUUCUUUCUG